GAGAGAGAGAGAGAGAGAGAGAGAGAGAGAGAUAGAAAACUUUACCAGCUCACCUUUGCAGUCCAGGCAACCAGAGAAAAUACCUUCUCAUAAGAACCCCCACGGAGAAUAGCAGUGAGGAAUCCCCUCCUCCUCCUCUUCCUCCCUCAGGAGCCACAGACGGAGGCUGCGUCCUCUCCAGCAGUUCAUGCCGGAUAAAGUUUAUGAUCAGCGUGGCAGAGGCGAGAGGACACAGGCUCGACCGCGCGCAAAUCUUGAUAAACUUGUCGGGGACAGUCGCCCGUCGGCGGAGAUGGGGACCCUGCGCGACCUCCAGUACGCGCUGCAGGAGAAGAUCGAGGAGCUGCGCCAGAGGGACGCGCUGAUCGACGAGCUGGAGCUGGAGCUCGACCAGAAGGACGAGCUGAUCCAGAGGCUGCAGAACGAGCUGGACAAAUACCGCUCCGUGAUCAAGCCGGCGACCCAGCAGGUCCACAAGCACAACGACCUGAACGAGCAGCAGCGGACAAAGAGGCAGGCGAUCUCAGCCGAACCCACCGCCUUCGACAUCCAGGAUCUCAGCCAUGUCACCCUGCCUUUCUACCCCAAGAGCCCACAGUCCAAGGAUCUGAUCAAGGAAGCCAUCUUGGACAACGACUUCAUGAAGAACCUGGAGCUGUCGCAGAUCCAGGAGAUCGUGGACUGCAUGUACCCUGUGGAGUAUGGAAAAGACAGCUGCAUCAUCAAGGAGGGCGACGUGGGCUCGCUGGUCUACGUCAUGGAAGAUGGGAAGGUGGAGGUGACGAAGGAGAGCCUGAAGCUGUGCACCAUGGGGCCUGGGAAAGUGUUUGGAGAGCUGGCUAUUCUCUACAACUGCACCAGGACCGCGACUGUCAAGACUCUUACAAAUGUGAAGCUGUGGGCCAUCGACCGACAAUGUUUCCAGACCAUCAUGAUGAGGACGGGACUCAUCAAGCACACAGAGUAUAUGGAGUUCCUGAAAAGUGUUCCCACAUUUCAUGGCCUCCAAGACGACAUUCUGAGCAAGCUUGCUGAUGUCCUUGAAGAGACACAUUAUGAAGACGGAGAGUACAUCAUCAGACAGGGGGCCCGAGGAGACACCUUCUUCAUCAUCAGCAAGGGAAAGGUCAAUGUGACGCGGGAAGAUUUACCCAACGGGGAGCCCGUCUACCUGCGCAGCCUCGGCAAAGGCGACUGGUUCGGAGAGAAAGCACUGCAAGGGUAA